AUGAUGUUGCUCUCCCAAGUUGCUGCCUUUUGUUUGUCCUUGCCCCAAGUGCCGCUGUUGGUCAUGUGGGGCAAGUUCACACCCAAGAGUGAGAUGUCUUUCUGGAUGGUUCUGACCCAGUGUGCACGGCAGGGAGGCGUUAUAGCAGGCCCCGCGGUCUUCGCGCUGGUCAGCGUCAUUGUCUCGCAGGGCGGGCGCACCCAACUGGCGCCUUGCUCGUUGAUGGCCUGGGCGAUUUUUGCGCAGGUGAUCUUCGGACUCUUCUCUAUCGUGCUGAACUCUAUGGUUCUCCCACAGCUGCCACCGGACCUCAUGACGGACCCUCUGGGGCCGAUAGGCGUGCGGCCUCCACUGGACCCCCUCUCCAGUCCCAAGAAGGUUCCCAAGCCCGACGGAGCGACCACGGUGGACCCGGAGCGACCACCGCGCUCGGUGGAAGCGCUGGAGCGCUCCCAGCGGCGGGAGGUGGUGUGGGGCAUGAUCAUCUACGGCUUUGCACGAUACUUCGUCACCACCUCCAUCCAGAUGGGUACCCUGAUGCUCCUCGAGGUCUCCUAUGGUCUGUCGGCGGAGCUGAGUGGCGCCAUCUUCACUGUGAUGUGCUUGAGCGGUUUUGCCGUUUCUGGACUGGCCUCCGCCGUAAUCUCCCGCCAGGUCAUCGACGAGUCGGCGCUCUUUUUGGCCUGCAACGCCGUGGCGCUGUUGGGGGUGAUCUUUUUCUUUGACUUCGGAACUGGUGCUUUCGGCCUCCUGUUUGCCACCACGGUGGUCUACAGCUGUGCCAGCCUCUCCAACGGAAUUGCCGAGGGCUGGGCCUCCCGCGCGGCCCAGGAGGGCACGGACUUCAGCAACGAGGCCUACCGGACCCUUAGCAUGUCCUUGUCCUACUUGGCGAGUUUCAUGGCCUCUGUGGUGGCGCGGGCCUUCCUGGACCUUGGGGGGCGAAAUCUCUACGCCGCCCUGCAGCUGGUGAUGGUGACUUUGAGCACCAUCAUUGCGACUUGCCGCAAGCAGCAAAGUCACACAGAAUGGCAAGGAAUCGGGCAAGGAGGUUUGAACAGCGUGGAACACUCGGAGAUCACAAGACUGAACGAACGGCGCGAGCCGGCGCGUUCUGGUGGCGCGCCGGCUCUGAAAGCGGCCGUGGACUGGCUCAGCGGAGGCAGCCUUCUGGCGGCCAAAAAGGAAAGGGACGGCUCGUCCAGCAUGGCAACCCUUGGACUCCCCGCUUUGGCAGGCUGCACGCUCCAUUUCGGCUUCGUGCCGUUUGUGGUGGAACAUGCCCAUGUAUCCUUUACCUUGACGACCUGGCUUGCAGUGGGCUUCGUUUACGUUGUUUUUCUGGUACAUGAACUUUACGCAAACCGGGUACAGCCGGUGCUUGUAAGCCACAGAGGCAACAGCCUUCGGUUUCAGAGCGCGCUGCUCUUCCGUUGGUUCUCCAAUUUUCUGAAUGAUGCGAUGCUCCUACCAAUCACCUUGGAUUUCGCCACCAGCAUGGGACAGACUGCCAGCAUGUCCGGUUUCUUCAUUAGUUGUUCUUUGUUUGCCUCCGUCCUGGGGGUUGUCAUGGGUCAGUGGAUCGUGAAUGAAAGCGCUUGGGACCAGCAGCGUGCCCGUGCCUUGAUCCUGUGGUCGCCGGUCCUUUACACCGUGGUUUUGCUCUUGGAAGCCGCGCUCUCCAACGGUGCCGCGCAGCUCAGCGUGUCCAGCAAACAGGUGGUCUUUUGGGUGAUGAUUCUGCUCUCCCAAGUGGCUGCCUUUGCUCCUUCCUUGGCCUAUGUUCCGCUGAUGGUCAUGUGGGGCAAGUUCACACCGAAGAAGGAGAUGUCCUUCUGGAGCGUCCUCACUCAAUGUGCCCGUCAGGGGGGCUUUCUGGUUGGCCCUGCGGUCUUUGCGCUGCUUAGUCUUGCGGUCAAGCGGUCGCAACCGAUGGCGCCUCCAUCGCUCAUGGCUUGGGUCUUGUUGGCACAGGCGAUGUUUGGACUCCUCUCAGCACUGGUGAAUUCCAUGAUCCUUCCGCUGGCGGUCUCGGGCGUCUCUCCGCCCGACGACGACACGGAGGACACGCUCUUCUCGCCCAACGCGGUGGACACCGAGCGGGUCGAGCUGCCGGUGGAGUGUUUGGAGCUCUCGAAACGCCAAAAGGUGGUUCAGGGCAUGCUCUUCUACGCCUUCGAGCGACAGUUCGUGGUCACCAGCAUUGAGGUGAGUACCAUCAUGCUGCUUGAGGUCUCAUACCACUGGUCUGUGGAGCUCAGUGGCACCAUCUUCACUGCGGUGUCGACAAGCAGUUUGUCUUUUGUUUUCAUCUCCUCUGCGCUGAUGUCGAAGCAGGUCUUUCAGGAGUCCAUGGUCUUCAUGGCCUGCAACUGCAUUGCUCUACUCGGAGUGAUCUUUCUCUUCGACUUCCGGCAACUGGGGGCUUUUGGCCUUUUGCUGGCAGACGCCUUGGUCUACGGCUGCGCCACCGUGUCUAACGGCCUGGCGGAGGGCUGGGCCUCGCGCGCGGCCGAGGAGAAGACGGACUUCAGCACCGAGGUCUACCGCACUUGGAACAUGGCGCUGGUGUGUGGCGCCCGGUCUUUGGCGCCCACGGUGGCACGGAGCCUGCUGGACUACGGGGGGCGGAACGUCUAUGCGGCGCUGCAGCUGGUCAUGGUCGCUCUGGGCACCCUCACUGUCUACAAAACUGUGGCAUUGGUGUGGGAGUUGAAUUCGGCGCCCUUGAACCACAAGAAGCCAGCUGAGAAGCUGAGUUGA